UUAUACACAAUGUGGUCAUAUUGAAGCACAAUAGCCGAGUUGUUUUUUACAUUUAGCAGCAAAGCGCAGAAUGGAAAGAUCGGAAGAGUUUAUGAAAUAUUUGCGAUUCAAAACAAAAGAAACACAUGGCAACAUACCAGACUGGGAGCGGCCAUCAACGAGCAGCAAUCCACCACGCUCUCCGCCACCCGAUGACGAUACAGCCUCCGAGCUGAAUAGCAGCCUGGAAAUAAGCGGUCCCAUCGAAGCCUCCGAUGCCGAUAACAGCGAAGUCGAUCAAUCGAUUGCUACAACAGAUGCCGACAAACAAACAAUUGAGUCGGAGACAAGUACGGUGUCAGUGGCAGAAACUGGGGAGAUGGCGGAGCCUCAUUCGCAACAAAUGGACGCUAAUCGCAGUUCCGUCUUCGAGGACGAGAGCAGCAACAGCGGCAGCUCGAGCAGCGGUGAACGAAGCGAUACCAGUUCAUCAGACUCGGAUGAGGGCAGCGAUGUUCGCGCUGAUGCUACCGAAGAUGAGCAUUCACCCAAUACAGUUGUCUUUGUGAGUAACGAAGAGUUUGCCGGCAGCCUUAAUGUGGCUGUCGGAGAAGAGGAGGAGGGAGUUAGCAAAAGUGUUGCUGCCGCAGAAGAAAUGGUUGCCAGCAGCGAGGUGACAGAGGUGGCUGUCGAAGAUGUUACUCCAAGCAACGCAGUGGAAAUGGCAAGCAAAGCGGAAACUCAGGCGGAAGCAGACAUUGAAAUGGAAGCAGUGGUGACAGAGGUGACGGAGACACCCGAGUCGCCCACCGAUGACGGGGACAUCGAUCUGUUGCUGCCAUACAAACGUAUGCGUUACAUGCCACCAGAGGCGUCCACAUACAGUCAACAUACAGAGAUGCGUCAACCGCCAGCUCCGCCGGUGCCACGAGUGGUGGUACGUGAUGUACGGCAACAGCGGAUGGCUGCGCCACCGAAACCCACACGCAAUCUGCUCAACGAAGACAUUGAGAACAUUUCGGGCAGCAGUGAGGAGAGCAACAGCAGCGAAGAGAGCGAAGACAAUGAGGAUGACGAUGAAUUCGAUGAGAAUGAUGAUGAUGGUGAUGAUGAUGCCACGUCGCGCGAGAUGGAGACGGCGCCCGGAACAACCGAUGUGGAGGCUGAAAGUGGUGAUAUUGGCGGUGGCAGCGCAAGUGGCGGUGAUCCGACACUGCAAAAGAUCGAUAUCAUUGAAAAUCCGAAUAGGAUCUAUUAUAUACGACGCGACGAUGGCACUGUACAUGCCGGCCAAGUGUUACAAUCACGAUGCACGGACAAUACGGGCACGCCGAAUGAAUACUAUGUGCACUAUGUUGGUCUCAAUCGUCGUCUGGACGCCUGGGUAAGCAGACAUCGCAUCUCAACGAAUGCUGAAGAUUUAGGUGGCGUGACAGUACCAACGCCAAUACCAUCGACACCAGCGAUUAGCGAACAGCCUGGCACAAGCAGUGCUAGUCUAAGUGCUAGUGCCAGCGGCAUUGGGAGUGGUAGCGGCAGUGGAAGUGGCAGUGCAAGUGGAGCUAAUAUCGUUGUAAGCAGCAGUAGCAGCAGCAGCGGUCAGGCAACGGAACAACGACCCAAGCGACAGGUGAACAAGGAUUACUAUCUGUCGGCAUGCGAUAAGAAUCGCUAUGAUUACAGCGACAAGAAGAUGACACGUUACCAAAAGCGACGCUACGAUGAGAUUAAUCAUGUGCAGAAGAGUCAUGCCGAACUCACAGCCGCCCAAGCAGCCCUCGAAAAGGAGCACGAGAACAUAACGAAAAUCAAAUACAUUGAUAAGCUGCAAUUUGGCAACUAUGAGAUUAAUACCUGGUACUUUAGUCCAUUCCCCGGCAAAUAUGGAAAGGCGCGUGUGCUGUACGUCUGCGAAUAUUGCCUCAAGUAUAUGCUGCUAGAGAAGAGCUAUCGGUACCACAUGAGCGAAUGCAAGCGACGUCAGCCGCCUGGUGAGGAAAUCUAUCGCAAGGGUACCAUUUCCAUAUUUGAGGUGAAUGGCAAAAAGGAGCCGCUCUAUUGUCAGCUGCUCUGUCUGAUGGCCAAACUGUUUCUCGACCACAAGGGUCUCUUCUUCGACAUGGAUCCAUUCUUUUUCUAUGUGCUCUGCGAAAUUGACAAGGAGGGCAGUCACAUUGUUGGCUAUUUCUCCAAAGAGAAGGGUUCUUAUAACAAUGUGGCAUGCAUUCUUGUCUUGCCACCGCAUCAGCGCAAAGGCUAUGGAAAACUCUUAAUUGCCUUUAGCUAUGUGCUGUCGCGCGAAGAGGGCAUCAUUGGCAGCCCGGAGACACCGCUGUCCGAUCUGGGACGUCUCAGCUAUCGCAGCUAUUGGGCGUACACGUUGCUCGAACUGAUGAAGGGACGCAGCUCAGCGGAACAGACGAGCAUCGAGGAAUUAAGCAAAGAGAGCGGCAUUACCCGAGAUGACAUCAUUUAUACGCUGCAAUCGAUGAAGAUGAUAAAAUAUUGGAAGGGACAAAAUGUGAUUUGUGUGACGGCCAAGACCAUACACGAGCAUCUACAGUUGCCCCAAUUCAAGCGACCCAAACUCACUAUCGAUUUAAACCUCUUGAAUUGGAAGCCACACAACACAUUGCCAUACCUCAUCACUCAGGUGCGCACCAUUGUGCCGGCGCCAACGGUGCCAGGCUCGCCGGCAACUCUAGGUACAUUGGCUGCCCUUGGUGUUCAUGCGGCUAUCGGAGGACUUGGAGCGCCGGCCGCAUUGGGCACGCCAGCGGCUCAGGGAGCACCUCCACCGCAGGAAGCGCCAGCGGCCAUUGAUAUGCCAGAGGCAUCUGAGGAGGCAAAAAGUCAAGCGUCAGCCACUCAGGCUGGCGGUUCUCGAGAGGAAGCCGAGAGUACGGAGGCUGGUGAGGAUCUGGAUAGUUCUAUGGAGGCCGAGCCGCCGGCGACAGUAGCAAGAGUUUAUUAGAUUAUGCUUUUUUUUUGCACGCUUAAGUAAUUUGAACCAUAUCUGUUUGCUUCAGAUACCUAUUAUUAUGAAAAUGUAUUGACAAGCUAAAAUUAAGUAGAUUGUAAUAUUUUU